AUAACGCUACUGGUCGAAUAUGUUGUGCUAACGUUAAUGUUACCCACUCACAUUAAGUCCCGUUCAUCGGCAUUGUUAUUGUCGUUGGUUAGCACAACCAUCCUACUAAGUUACUAAAGCUGUGCACAGCAAAUCUUGUGAAAAUAAAUAAAGACGUCUCGCGCGACCGCCUGCAAAAUUGUUUUUAAAGGUAACCUUAGUAAGACACCCUAGCGUCUCUCCGAAGAAGUUGGCCACAGUCGGCACACGGACCAAAUAAGAGGAAGCGAUUCAGAACGAGGCUGACUGCGUCCCAGUAAACCUGUGUGUUGGAGAAAAGUUAUGUGCCUCAAGUCAUUUCAGCGACCUAUGCAUCGUUCUUUCUUUGAAAAUACGUUCCUUGAGAUGAAUUAAAUGAUCAGGCACAACAGCUCAAAUGACAAAUACUUUUUUUGGUUAAUCACAUUGACGAUCAAAUGUCUUUAAGCGAUGGGGUAUAAAAUAAUGCAGAGAAGGAAGGGAUGUAGUUUGAAAGAAGUCGUUGAGUCUCAAGUUCCUUUUGGUCGAAGUACAUUUGUGUGUGAUUUAAUGAUGGUGGAAUCAAUAAAAUGUGUACCGAAGAGGAAAACUAAACGGCGCCACGGCUCGGUUAGGCCCACAGAAACACACCUGAUGCCCAAGGACUCAAAUAGCCCUACCAGCAGGCCCACCCAGCAGUCUCAGUCAUCUAACCCAUCUGCAGACAAAAGUGCCUCCUCAAUUUUGAAAAUAUCUGUUGACCUUUGGCCUGUCCUGUCCAUGGCUGUUGAACCCCUUAAAAUGGACCAAAAUGACAUUUCUUAUGAUGAUCUGAAAAUUGAAGAAAUCAGACUCUCAAAUGAAAUAAAAACUGAUAAACAUUCGAAAGAAGUCAAAUCCAUGACUAUUAAUCAAAAACUCAAAUUACACCAGGAUAAACCCAUGGGGAGUAAUAAAAUCAUGCUGCCUCCACUGAAAUCCACUCUUCCAGCAUCUAACUCUGAUAAACCAUGCUGCACACUGCCACACAUUGAUGUUGCAGAAAAGCAUCCUCUGGAUUUUGGUCAUUCUAAAUCACAAAUAGAAAAGGAAUGUGAAGAGUCAAAGCCAAGAUUUCUGCAGACUGAUGUCAUCAAGAAUAUCCUGAGCCAAAAUAUGGCACCACAGUUGCAGCUCCCUGAUAUUUCUGUGUCAAGCUUCCAAAUGCUCAUUGAGAGAGUGGAAAGGCAACUGGACAGGGGCAAAGUAAAACUUCCUGAGAUCAAGCUACCCCGAGCUCAAAGGGAGAUGACUGAGAUGUCGGCCAGGAUGUCUUGCAGUCCUCCUCUCCAGAAGAAUGUGAAUCAGCUCGCUAUCCUCCGCUUUCAUAAGGAAGCACAUAAUUUCCCCUGGGCUGUCAACAAAUCAAAACUCCACUGAGUAUACACACACACACACACACACACACACACACACACACACACACACACACACACACACACACACAUACACACUAACACAGGGAACACACGCAAAUGUAUCUCCAGGAAAUGU